UUUCUUUGAUAAUAAGUUUUAUAUUUCAAUACUACUGUAAAUCAAUUCAAAAAAAAAUCAAUCGACAAAAUUAAUAAUAAAUAAUGAGUUAUAAAAUAAUUUCAAUUGUUUUACUAAUUUGUUGUACACAACAAAUCUUUUCGGAAAAUGAUGCCAUACGGGCUGUCAAAGAGUUUAAGGCUAAAAGCGAUCCCAAUGUCUACGACAAAGAUAUUAAUCCGAAAUUAGGCCAAAAUUCAUCGGUCAAUGUUGGCAUCACUUUGUAUGUUAUUAGCAGUAAAAUCAAUCCAAUUGAUAAAUCGGUAACAACAAACAUGUAUUUCCGUCAAAAAUGGUCAGAUCCUCGUCUACAGCACUCGUAUCCGUCGGUCAAAGUGGUCGGCAGUCAAUCGUUUAUCGAUCGGGUGUGGAUUCCGGACACUUUCCUACCGAAUGCCGACUCGAUUACCACUGUUUCGAUACCGACUCCCACUUCGUUUGCAAUGAUUGAAUCCAAUGGCACAGUGUUUAUCAGUCACAAAUUUCAAGUUACCUCCCGGUGCUUACUUGAAAACACAUCACUAGUUUGUCCAAUUGAAAUUGAAUCAUAUGGCUAUUCAAUGAAGGAUGUCGACUUUGAAUGGGCUAAAGGUGACCAAUCGGCAGGUAUUACCACUGAUAUUGAAACCAUUGGUGGCUAUAAAUUUAGCGGUAAAACAAUUGAUAAAAAAGUGGAAAAACUAAGCAGCGGAAAUUAUGCUAGACUAAUAUUUACCAUGAAAUUUGAACGGGAUACUAUUUAAAUAAAUACACGGCCACCCACCCGCCCGCCCCCACCCACCAAAAAAAAUAACAACCAAUAAAUUGAUGCAAUGGAUUUAAU